AUGUCGUCGCAGUCAGAAGCUUCUUCGGUCCGUUCAGUGACUCCGAAAACGUCGCUGGAUCAGUCGCUUAGGACUAUUCCUCAGGACUCCUUCGUGACGGACGGGAGCAGCAGGACAAAGUGGGACAAGAAAAAUGAAAACGAAAACAUUUUGAAUAACGACGCAUCGAACGCUACGACAUCCGCUCUUGCUAAUUUGGGCGAGUCGUUCUCCUCUUUUUGCAACUCGACCCUCAAAAUACCAACACGCUCUACCAACAACGCUAGCUCUGGAACCGAGCUCGGCAGCCUCAAGGAACUACCGCGAUUAUCAUUUCUAGAUGACUAUUAUGUCCGCCUACGCUCCGUCAAUUAA